AUGAAUAUCGAUGGAAGUGGUAUAGAUGGAGUUGGUGAGAGCGUAAAUGCGACCAACACAGUUGAGACGGACAAUGAUGUAUCUAUGGAGAUGGAUCAAGCUGCAGAUACCGCGGGUGCAAAAUGUACAUGUGAAUCAACUGAACAGCAUAAUGGUCUGUAUGCCGCAUCUCCUUUGAAAGAAAAUUUGCAAAGCUUGACUAUCACACCGGCCAUGGCUUCUACAACCAUAGACUAUACACAGAACAUAGCACAAUUAUCUCCUCAGCCUGGAACUUUCUAUCGAUUUCGCGACUUUCCGGCAGAAGUCCGCUGUAUGAUAUGGAAAUAUCACGCGGAAGAUGAAGAAGACUUCGGAGAACCACGCACGCUCACCAUCAUUGCGAAUUUUGACGGCGAGAAUGCCAAAAACAAUACACGCUGUAACUACGUUGCGGAAUUGUUACAUCGCAUGGAGCUCACCAACGAUCAAAACACUCGUUCCUUUCAAAAGAGAGUUAGAUUCCCAUGGAGAGCACAACCCGCACCAUCGUACAAGAUGCCCGCUUCCCUAUACAUCAAUAAAGAAGCCCGAUACGUUGGUCAAGAAAUCUAUUCAAAGAGUCAUUUCCUGAUGUCUAUUCUCGAAACCGAGAAACCGGUCUAUUUUCGCGAGGACCUGGAUACACUUCAUUUUUCGGAUUGGUUUACCUUCAACACUUUCUGUGUACAGUUCGCAUAUGUGCAGACGAAGCAGACAUCUGUCAGACUUGCGAUGAAAGCAAGCCGUCGCGUUAUAAUUCCUGAUGAUGAGGAAAAUAUCCCGUUGCAUCUUCGAUGUUUCGUUUGCAGACAUAAUAAUCGAGGUUGGCAUCGUCCAAAUCCUUGUAUCAAAUGUCAAGACCUGAAUCCGAGACAACGUCUAGAUGAUUACAUCAGAAAUCUUGCCGUGGGAACGGAAUCAUUUGGACUCUCCGAGCGAAUCAAUGUCGAGAAAUCCGCAGUCAAACAGACCCAAAGAAUGCAGAAACUGCGAAUAAAAGCACUUGAAUAUAUGAACUGGGGCUUCAAUAAGCUUGAUACUUUGGUGUUAGGAAUGGAUAGUCAUUUGGUCUCGGAUACUUUACAUCAGAGAAGAUCUAGAUGGGUGGAAGACCGCUGGAGGUUUAAAGAGGAUAUCAUGCAAUACUUGACAGAGAAGGCAUUUGUGGAUGUAGAAAUUUUGUCGAAGAGGGAGUUUAUAGAGAGGUUUGGAGAGUGGGAUCCUCAGAUCAAGCUUGGCUGCUAA